AUGGCGUCCAUCGGGGACACAUGUGAUAGCCUCUUUGGGCCUGUGGCCAUCGCAACAGUAUCAGCAGGAAUCCAAGUCGCUUUGCUUGUAUUUAGUGCAACGCAGCACUACCCCGCACAGCAUGUGUCAGUUGCUGGUGCUACUCUCAGCCUUAUAGUGGCAGUUUCUCUUGUCGUUCUCCUUCAUUUAGAGCACAGCCGGGCUGUUCGUCCCUCGUUCCUUGUCUCUGCGUAUCUGUUUAUUACGGUGCUUCUAGAUGUCGCACGAGCACGUACCGCCUGGCUGUUGCCAUAUGGUAGAGCAUACCCGGCCUGUCUUACCGCGUCUCUGGUCAUCAAGUUGGUCCUCCUGGUGUUGGCAAAUGUCGAAAAACGGAAAUGGUUGUUGCCGGCCGAAAAGACUCAGUCUAUCGAGAGUACCAGUGGUCUCUUUAGUCGGGGCUUAUUUGCCUGGCUCAAUGCGUUGCUUAGAAAAGGACACACCUUGCUGCUAACUGGCGAUGCACUACCUAACAUCCACGAGAAACUGUCGUCUAGUGAUUUAUCUGACCGAUUUUCAAAGUCAUGGGCGCUGUGUGAUCAGAGUCGUCGACAUGCGUUGCUGCUGGCUAUCAUCAAUUGCCUUCGCUGGGAUAUUGCUGCUAUUACUUUCCCUCGACUCGCCCUGAUUGGGUUUAGCAUAGCACAGCCAUUUUUAGUUGGCAAAACUGUCACAUUCCUCGAGCAGACUGAAUCUUCGAUAAAUAUUGGCUAUGGGUUGAUAGGAGCUACCGCGAUUGUCUUCAUCGGGGCUGCUGUCAGUACGGCAUCCUACCAGCACCUAGGAUUUCGUGCUACGACCAUGGUCCGCGGUGGCCUUAUGGCUCUUGUCUAUCAGCACAUGAUGGAGCUGCCAUUGGGGAGCACCGAUGAGUCUAGUGCCAUGUCCCUUAUGGGAGCUGACGUUGAAAUGCUCGCCGAGUACUUUCACUCUACAGUGUGCGAAUCCUGGGCUAGUAUCCUACAGCUGGGACUAGCGGCUUGGGUCCUUCAAACUCAGAUCGGUGUUGUCUGUAUCACACCCAUUUUAAUUGUAACAGCUUUUACUGCUGCUUCUUUCGCCAUGGGCGACGCUGUGUCCGUUAGGCAGAAGACAUGGCUACAAGCUACCGAGAAGCGGAUAAAUUUUACCAGCCACGUCCUCGGCUCAAUAAAAAGCGUCAAGUUUUUAGGACUAACAGAGAUGAUCAAGAGAUCCAUUGAAGGCUUGAGGAUUGACGAGCUUGAGAUCUCCAAGAAAUUCCGCCGAGUCCAAACCGUCCGUGUCUGCAUGAUAAACCUCCCAAGGAUUAUUGCGCAGUUUGCCACCUUCGCGACCUAUGCUGUGGUUGCAAAGGUGCAAGGGUCUGAUGGUCUUUCCGUCUCACAAGCCACCACGGCCCUUUCACUGAUCAAUCUGCUGAUCACUCCACUCAUGCAUCUAUUGUUGGCAGUUCCAGACACAUUCGCAUCAAUAGGAUGUUUAUAUCGAGUGCAGGACUUCUUGAGACGUCCCAAUAUUGUUGAAAAAAGAAAACUGCUCCAACCGGAAGUAGAUCCUCCUGCAUCAUCUACUCCUGCAUCGCCCGACAAUUCAUCCGAAGUCGAACUUUCCAACUAUUCUUCGCUCGGGGCUACGGGAAUUUCUUCGUCAGAGAAUCAGUCCAACGUGCUGAUCUCCUUGCAAAAUGCUCGAUUUGGCUGGAAUAGCUCUCCGUCAGAUAGUGCCGGUAUCACCCUAAAUCUGCGCCCCUCGUCCUUGGGUACUCUAGUUGCGAUUGUCGGUCCUGUGGGAAGCGGAAAGUCAACUUUCCUCAAAGGCCUCGCAAAUGAGACGUCCAUUCUUGAUGGCGAAGCUUUCAUCAAGUACCCAGACCUGGCUUUCUGUGAGCAAACCCCUUGGCUAACCAAUACGACAAUCCGGGAAAACAUCAUUAGGGAAAAUGCAUCCGCUGCGUUUGACGCUGAUUGGUAUUCGACCGUGGUGAGCGCAUGUGCUCUGGAUUCCGAUCUUAAGAAGAUGCCAGCGGGUGAUGAGACGUCCGUUGGUAGCAAAGGCUCUAAGCUUAGUGGAGGACAGAAGCAACGAAUUGCUAUAGCACGAGCUGUUUAUGCUCGCAAAAGGAUUGCGUGCUUCGAUGAUACUUUAAGUGCCCUUGACAAUGCAACCUCGCGACUGGUAUUCAACAAUGUCUUUGGCCCGUCUGGACUGCUGCGUCGACUGGGCUGUACUGUAUUUCUCGCGACUCACAAUGUUCAAUACAUACCCCAGGCCGACUUUAUAGUCGUACUAGGCGAGAAUGGCAGUAUUUUGGAACAGGGUAGCUUCUCUGAGCUUCUCAGUCAUACCGGAGGAUAUGUUCAACGGUUAAGUAUCCGACCAGGACAGACUGAGAAAGAAGAGAUGCAGCAUGACACCGCAAUCGAGCUUCCGGAGACGCUCGAAGCCAUAACCAGCCGCAUAUCCAUCCCAACUGCUGCCGAUAAAGGCCGAAAGACAGCUGAUAUUACUGUUUACAAGUAUUAUUUCUCUGCUAUGGGCUGGCUUCGAGUCUUUGUGCUGAGUUUCAUACUGGCUGUAAGUGGUGGCAUUGGUGGACUGCGCGACGCUUGGAUUGGAAUGUGGUCCUCUAGCCCCGACAGCGCUUCGAACUCGGGAUUGGGUUACUGGCUUGGAAUGUAUGGGGCAUUGUCCUUCAUCGAAGCUACUUCAAUAGUUCUUGCGGUAUAUGCCCCUUUGUCCUUCCUGUCUCAGGUCGAUACGGGCUCUCUCAUCACCCGGUUCAGUCAAGACAUGAGGCUAGUGGACAUGAUUCUGCCUCGAGGUUUCAUCUCCACAGGAUUUCAAAUCGUUGGGGCACUUGCGCAAUCUGCGAUUGCCAUAGCUGCAUUGCCCUAUUUGGCUAUAUCCGUGCCCUUCCUGGUUGGGAUGUUAGUACUAGUCCAGCGCUUUUACCUGCGCACAUCUGGCCAGUUACGACUAUUAGAGAUUGAGCUUAAAAGCCCCCUUUACACUCAUUUCAUUGAAUCCCUCGCCGGUAUCGUUACCAUCCGUGCCUUUUCAUGGACUACGGCGUCUACAUCCAAAAUGCUACACUUACUUGAUAGGUCCCAAAGGCCGUUUUAUCUCCUGCUGUGCAUUCAGCAAUGGCUUGGCCUGGUGCUAAAACUUAUUGUGACCGGUAUGACGGUCAUUCUUAUUGGGGCUGCUGUCGCUCUGCGCAGACAAGUGAGCCCCGGUCUGUUGGGCAUUGCUCUGGUUGGGAUGAUGGAUCUGGGAGAAGUACUCUCAGAACUGAUUCAGAACUGGACCCUCCUGGAAACCUCUUUGGGUGCGAUUGCCAGGAUCAAGGAGUUCUCGGAAGAUACUCCAAGCGAGGAAAAUGAUAUAGCCUAUGAGCAGCUGCCAGACGCAGAAUGGCCAAGUAAGGGGGAUAUCUCAUUCGCUGGCGCGGACAUUGCAUAUGAGUCCGAGAAUGCAGAGCCCGUAUUGCACAGUCUUCUUUUGGAUAUUCAUGCUGGGGAGAAAGUUGGGCUGUGUGGUAGGACUGGAAGUGGCAAGAGCACUCUGGCUCUAUCACUACUCCGUCUCAACGAGGUGAUCUCUGGUCAGAUCCUUAUUGAUGGGGUAGACAUAUCGACGGUGCCUCGGUCAUUGAUUCGGCACCGGAUCAGCUCUCUCAGUCAAGAAGCCUUCAUUUUCCCGGGUACCAUUCGGCAGAACGUCGAUCCUUUAGGCAUCGCCAGCGAUGCCGAUAUCAUUGAAGCUCUCCAAUGUGUCGAUAUAUGGAAAGCUCUUGUGUCUGCGACAAACAGCGGCGCUCACAGUGGAGUGUUGCUAGAUGCGAUAUUGACCGACACAACUUUGUCUGAAGGUCAAAAACAACUAUUUUGUCUAGCAAGGGCGCUCCUCAAGAAGAGUAACAUUCUGAUUCUAGAUGAGCCGACAAGCAGUCUGGAUGCAGAGACAGACGCCAAGGUCCAGAAAGUCAUUCGCCAGGAGUUCCAGAACUGCACUAUCAUUAUGGUUGCGCAUAGAGUUCAUACCAUGCUCGACUUUGACCGAGUUGUUGUUCUGGAUAGUGGUCGAAUCAUAGAAGAAGGGCAUCCCUCGGAAUUGCUGGCGAACAAAGGCGUGUUCUCAAGCCUGCAUCGUCUGGAGCAGUCAACAGGAACUAAGCAGGAGCUCUGA